ACACACUCAUCAUGGCGGCGACGGUAGGUAGUGGAAAUGCCCCUGUGUCGGACACUCAAGCCUCAACCUCGGGUGAUCGGAGCUAUGAAGGUUCAACAUUUCAGUACAGCAUGGUCCUGGAGCACCUCAUCGGGGAGAAGAGGCCAAUUAAGGAUCUGAAUCCGACCGUUAUGGGGGGUCUUCCCAAUCCCAUGAAAACCGACGACCAGAAGAUGAUCGAACAGGGAAUGGAGAGCUGUGCUUUCAAAGCGGUGUUGGCCUGUGUUGGAGGGUUUGUUCUUGGGGGAGCAUUUGGUGUGUUCACGGCUGGUAUAGACACCAACGUGGGAUUUGACCCCAAAGACCCCAUGAGAACACCCACGGCCAGAGAGGUUCUCAAAGACAUGGGCCAGAGGGGAAUGUCCUACGCCAAAAACUUUGCUGUCAUUGGGGCAAUGUUCUCCUGCACAGAGUGCAUCAUUGAAUCGCACAGGGGGAAGUCAGACUGGAAGAACGCUGUCUACAGUGGUUGUGUUACUGGGGGAGCAAUAGGAUUUCGAGCUGGGGCGAAGGCUGGCGUGCUGGGAUGUGGUGGUUUCGCUGCCUUCUCUGCUGCCAUUGAGUACUAUCUUCGGUGAAAACCAGGUCACCUUCUAUACCUUUGAACUAUUGUUGAGGGAUCACUGUCCCUCUGGACCAGAAAUACUUUAUACCUCGUGGAGAGAGAAAAACAUCCCUGCUCUGCAGGUGGAGCAUCUUAUCAUGAGGAUUAUCCACACUUGGACAAUUCCACGUUUGACUGUAUCCUGUGCACUGUAUUUACAAUGUCAUACAGGGUUGUCCAGGCUUGUGGCACACUUAUGCUGGCUUUGCCCAUCUAAAAAGUUAAGUCAUUGAGAUGAACCUCUAAUCAGUUGUAGUCGAGAGCUGGCUAUUCUCUCGUUUAGUUUUUGUGGGUGAAAUCAAGUCAAUGGCCGCAUUUGUGUGGUAAGGACAAAAGUCGAAGGUGUAUGGGCGACAGCAGCGCUCAGAUCAACAUGGCAGUGUUGCCAUUGUUUUUAAAAGGUUUUCAUUGUAAUGUAGAAAUAAACAUGUCUCCAACACCCAUAACUGGAAUCAUAUGUGUACAUUAUUAAAUCACGUUUGUCAUGUCUUUGUUUGCAUGGGUCAAACAAAAACACCCUAAUGAUUGGUUGACAAUAGAGCCCCACAAUGCAUGUAAUGGCUUCAGAAUGAAGUUGAAGCACAACUGUAGAGACUUGAAGUCAACAUUUCAUGACUUUUGUUCAUGAUUUUUGUAAAGUUCAUGUAGUUGUAUUGUAGCCACAAGUCUUUUUUUUGCCCCAGAAUGCAGCAGUGUUAAGUAGUGUUUUGGGUGUCUGUACUUUUACUUCACUACUUUUACUAAAUAAAAUUGUAUUGUUUACUCCA